UGAAAAAGUGACCAGUCAUGAAAGUGCUCCGCGCGGCCACACACAAAGGAAUGAAUGAGAACAAAGGCGAGGAAUUAGCGCCAUCUGGGGAUUUGAUUGGACGGCGGGGGUUCUGUGGGUGUGGUUAUGCAGAUUAAGGGGCGGGGUGCGACCCACUCGCCAGACUGGAGACGCGAAGUGUCAAAAGGGAGCGAGCGCGGUGUCACCGUGGGAAAGGAGAGGCUGCGCGUGCUCUCUGUCUCUAUACCUCUCUCUUUCAUAUAGUUCUCUUUUCUUACUCUUUCUACCGGUUUUUUUUUUUUUGCUUUUUUUCCCCCCUCUCCCUUGUUUUUUGUCCUUUUUCUCUCUCUCUGACUCAGUUCUCUCUGGAUUCAGACAGACAGCUGCACUCUGUCCGCGCUCGUCUCGCUCUCUCACUCCCUCAGGACUAUUUUACACUUUCUGCCCUCCCACCUUCUCACCCACCGCCGCUGCUGCUGCUGCUGCUGACAGCGGUCUCCCCGGUGGUCGCGGUCCGGAGCGGGUGAUGGAAGGGAAGGGCAGCCGCUGUAAGAUCGUGGUGGUGGGCGACACUCAGUGUGGCAAGACGGCGCUGCUGCACGUGUUCGCUAAGGACAGCUACCCUGAGAGUUAUGUGCCCACCGUCUUUGAGAACUACACAGCAAGCUUUGAGAUAGACAAACACCGGAUUGAGCUGAAUAUGUGGGACACGUCAGGCUCCUCCUACUAUGACAACGUGCGACCGCUGGCAUAUCCAGACUCUGAUGCUGUACUCAUCUGUUUCGACAUCAGCAGGCCAGAGACUCUAGACAGUGUCCCAAAGAAGUGGCAGGCUGAGGCUCAGGAGUACUGUCCUAAUGCUAAGCUAGUGCUGGUUGGCUGUAAGCUUGAUAUGAGGACAGAUGUGAGCACCUUACGAGAACUGUCCAAACAGCGCCUCAUACCCGUCACACACGAGCAGGGAAGUCUGCAGGCGCGAGAGCUCGGCGCAGUCGCGUACGUGGAGUGCUCGUCGCGCAUGUGUGUGAACAGUGUCCGGGACGUCUUUCACAUCACCACACUCGCCUCGGUCAGACGACCCGCCCCCGGACUCAAGCGCAGCUCAUCCCGCCGCGCCCUCAAACGCAUAUCCCACCAGCCCCUUCUGCCAAUCAGCUCUCGGGCCACACCCCUCGAACCCUCCCCCACUCUCAGAAAGGACAGAGCCAAGAGCUGCAUUGUCAUGUAGAAAAUGAGCCAAAACACACACAAACACACACACACACACACACAUACUUUAACACAUUUAGCUGUGUUCUGAUCUCAUCUUUGUAAAAUGGGUUCUCACAGCUGCUGUCUAUUUAUGAGACUCUUCUGGUCGUACAUCACGUCCGAUUACGACCCAUUAAAACUGUAUAGAUGUGUGAACAGGUUCCACAGAGGACUAUUUAUUGACCCUUGCAUUGUUGUUGUUGCUGUUACUAUUUUUUGGCGGACGCCACAGAGUAAAGAAUGAAGAGGCGACUAUGGAGAAAAAAAAAACAACAGGUGUGGCAUUUACGAGGAUUUAUUUCUGAGGAUUUUGACUUUGAUUUCAAUAUCAAUUUCAGAAUCUAAUCGAUAUCAGAGUUGAUAAAAAUAUCCCAAAUGAUAUUCAAAAGAGCAAAAUGUUUUGGUAAUGAUGAACGACCAAAGUAGCACAUAUACAGCUCUGGAAAAAAAAAAUAAGAGACCUCUUAAAAAUGACGAGUUUCUGCUUGGAUUUUUGCACCAGAAGUAAAGGCAUAAAGUUAUCCAAAAGCAGUGUGCAAGACUGGUGGAGGAGAACAUGGGAAGAUGCAUAAAAACAGGGUUAUUCCACCAAAUAUUGAUUUUAGAACUCUUAAAACUAUCCUUAUGAAUAUGAUCUUGUUUUCCUUGCAUUAUUUAAGGUCUGAAAGCUCUGCAUCUUUUUUGUUAUUUUUUUCAUUCUCAUUUUCUGCAAAUAAAUGCUCUAAAUGACAAUAUUUUUAUUUGGAAUUCAGGAGAAAUGUUGUCCGUAGUUUAUAGAAAAAAACAUCAAAGUUCAUUUUACUCAAACAUAAACCUAUAAAUAUCUAAAUCAGAGAAACUGAUUUGAAAAAAUGGUCUCUUAUUUUUUUUCCAGAGCUGUGGGUGAAGUAAAACCAAAAUGAUAUAUGGUUUUAAAAACUGUAUUCAAAUAAAAAUCUGAAAAGGGUGACCCGCAAAAGUAUUCAGCCUCCUUAUAUCAGUACUUAGUAGAGUCAUCUCUCGCUGCAGUUACAGCUGCACGUCUUUUGGGGUUUGUCUCUACCAGCUUUGUGCAUCUAGAGACUGAGAUUUUUUGCUUAUUCUUCUUUGCAAAAUAGCUCAAGCUCAGCCAGUUGAAUGGAGAGCGUCUGUGAACAGCAGUUUUUAUGUCUCGCCACAGAUGCUUAAUGAGAUUUAGGUCAGGACUUUGACUGGGCCCUUCUAACUUUGAUUCUUUGAUCUAAAUCAUUUCACUGUAGCUCUGGCUGUAUGUUUUUAGGGUCAUUGUCUUGCUGGAAGGUGAAUCUCUUUCCCAGUCUCAAGUCUUUUCCAGUCUCCAACAGGUUUUCUUCCAGGAUUGUCCUGUAUUUCGCUCCAUCCAUCUUUAAAUAAUUUCUGAACAGAUUCUCUGUACCUGCUGAAGAAAAGCAUUCCCACGGCAUGAUGCUGCCACCACCAUGUUUCACAGUGGGGAUGGUGUGUUUAGGGUGAUGAGCAGUGUUACUUUUAAACCACACAUAGCGCUUUGUAUUUAGGCCAUAAAGUUGUUAUAUAUCUUUGACAUGUCCCCUACUUGUUUCAGAUUUUUAUUUGAUUAAACUUUCCACUUCACAA